GUUGUAGAGAGUCAAUGAAGGGAAUAGAGAUGAACAAAUUAUAAAAUAAUAAUUUGCAGAGAACCAAAAUAAACAAACUCCAAUCUAACAACCAAACAACUCUCUCUUCAUGUGAACCUUUGACAAUCCUAUAACCAAAUUGGUUUUGUUUCUUAAUCAAGAGUCACUCUCAAGAAGUGGCUGCUUUUCAAAACCACUUUCAAACACAAUCAAAUUCUGUUUCCUCCUUCAAAAUCUCUAAACAAUCAUUUCAAUCUUUGCACGCCACAUGUUUGUGAUUAUUACAGUUUAAAAGCUUCACUUCAGUAGCUGCUGAUUGAAGUUAAGAUUAGUAAUGGAGUUAACUCCAAGAGGAAGAAAUCAAGGUCAUGUUGUGACUUUUGACAGAGAUGCAGAUUCAUUUGUGGAGGAAGAUAAAGAGCUUCAAUCUAAAUGGGCUGCUAUAGAGAAACUACCAACUUUCAAAAGGAUUAAAACUUCUUUUGUUGAUGAAAUCACUCAGGAGGAAAGUGGUAGUAGAUGGCAAAGAAGUAGUAGUAAAAGGGUUGUUGAUGUUACUAAACUUGGAGCUGUUGAUAAGCGGUUGUUUAUUGAUAAGCUCAUCAAGCAUAUUGAGAAUGAUAAUCUCAACUUGUUGCAGAAACUUAGAGAAAGGAUGGAAAGAGUGAAUGUGAAGUUACCUAGUGUGGAGGUAAGGUACAAGAACCUGAAUGUAGAAGCAGAAUGUGAGGUUGUUCAAGGGAAGCCACUUCCUACUCUAUGGAAUUCUUUUUCUAGCUUAUUUUCAGAUUUAGUGAAGACUAUAUCAUGCAGUUCUCAAGAAACCAAAUUGGGCAUUCUGAAAGAUGUCAGUGGCAUCAUAAAGCCGGCAAGGCUUACUCUUCUUCUGGGUCCACCUAGCUGUGGGAAAACUACCUUACUAAUGGCAUUGGCUGGAAAACUAGAUCAAUCUCUCGAGGUUUCUGGAGAAAUCUGUUACAAUGGUCACAGACUAGAUGAAUUUGUUCCUCAAAAAACAUCAGCUUACAUAAGCCAGUAUGACCUUCACAUUCCUGAGAUGACAGUCAGGGAAACUAUUGACUUCUCGGCACGUUGUCAGGGGGUUGGAAGCAGAGCUGAUAUAAUGACUGAAAUCACUAGGAAAGAAAAAGAACAAGGAAUCUUCCCUGACCCGGAUAUUGAUACUUAUAUGAAGGCUAUUUCUGUUGAAGGACAAAGCGAAAAUCUUCAAACGGAAUAUGUUUUAAAGAUACUUGGAUUGGAUAUCUGUGCUGACACUCUGGUUGGAGAUGCACUAGAUAGAGGCAUUUCAGGUGGACAGAAGAAAAGGCUAACUACAGGAGAGAUGAUUGUAGGUCCCAUAAAAGCACUUUUUAUGGAUGAAAUAUCAACUGGGUUAGACAGCUCCACUACUUUUCAAAUAGUUACAUGUCUCCAGCAAUUGGUGCACAUCAAUGAUGCAACAGCAGUGCUUUCACUCCUCCAACCAGCACCAGAAACCUUUGAGUUAUUUGAUGAUCUUAUAUUGAUGGCAGAGGGAAAGAUAGUAUACCAUGGCCCCUGCAGUCAAGCACUCCAGUUCUUUAAGGAUUGCGGUUUCUGGUGCCCUGAAAGAAAAGGAGUGGCAGACUUUCUUCAAGAGGUAACCUCUAAGAAGGAUCAAAGGCAAUACUGGUACCGCACAGAUAUUCCUUACAGUUAUGUUUCAGUGGAUGAGUUCUCUCAGAUUUUCAAAACAAGUUACUGGGGAAGAAUGUUAGAUGAUGAGCUCUCGCAACCAUAUGAUAAAUCUCAAUCCCAUGAAAGUUCUUUAUCAUAUAGCAAGUACUCCUUAGGAAAAUGGGAUUUGUUUAAAGCUUGUAUGAAGAGGGAGAUUCUUCUCAUGAAACGAAACUCAUUUAUCUAUAUAUUCAAAACUGUGCAGCUUACAAUCACUGCAAUCAUAACAAUGACGGUCUUUUUGCGCACACAACUUGACGUGGACUUGUUAGGAUCAAACUAUUUAUUAGGUUCAUUGUACUAUACACUUGUACGCCUAAUGACAAAUGGAGUUGCCGAGUUGAUAAUGACUAUUACUAGACUCCCCGUUGUUUAUAAGCAGAAAGCAUUCUAUCUCUAUCCAGCUUGGGCUUACUGUCUUCCAGCUGCCAUACUAAAGAUUCCAUUUUCAGUCCUUGAUUCUCUUGUUUGGACAUCAAUAACAUAUUAUGUUAUAGGCUACAGCCCAGAAAUAACAAGGCAUGUAAAUAUAGUCAAACUUUUUCUCAUUUCUUUUGCAAGUUUUUUCUUACAUAUUUUUUGUUGGACCAGGUUCCUCCGCCAGUUCCUUUUGCUUAUCGCUCUGCACAUGUCAUCAACCUCUAUGUGCCGUUCCCUUGCCGCAGUGUUUAAAACUGAUGUUGCAGCUACAACUGUUGGUUCUUUGGUCUUAGUACUUAUGUUCUUGUUUGGAGGCUUUAUUCUUCCUCGACCGUCGUUACCAAAGUGGUUGAGGUGGGGGUUUUGGGUUUCUCCCAUGUCAUAUGGGGAAAUAGGAAUAACACUCAAUGAAUUUCUUGCUCCUCGCUGGCAAAAGAUUCAAGAGGGAAACAUCACCGUUGGAAGGGAGGUUCUCAAGAGUCGUGGUUUAGACUUUGAUAGCAACUUCUUCUGGAUAUCAAUUGGAGCAUUACUUGGUUUCGCAGUAGUAUUUGAUAUACUAUUUAUAGUAGCAUUAACUUACUUAAAAGAGCCAAAGCAAUCUCGAGCUUUAGUUUCGAAAAAGAGGCUGCCUCAACUAAAAAGAGGAGAAAAAAACAAUGAAGUGGAAUUAAAAAAUAAGUCAGUAGCAGUUGAUAUUACCCACACAUCCAAGGAAGCUCAAAGCACAGGGAAAAUGGUCUUGCCCUUUUUGCCACUGUCAAUAGCAUUUAAGGAUGUUCAGUAUUUUGUUGACACACCUCCGGAGAUGAAAAAACACGGUUCAAAUGAGAAAAAUCUACAAUUGCUCUGCGAUAUCACGGGAGCGUUUAGGCCAGGAAUCCUUACUGCAUUGAUGGGAGUCAGUGGAGCAGGGAAGACAACACUCAUGGAUGUCCUUUCAGGAAGAAAAACUGGAGGUAUCAUUGAAGGAGAUAUAAGAAUUGGAGGGUACCCUAAAGUGCAAAAGACAUUUGCAAGAGUUUCAGGUUACUGUGAGCAGAACGACAUACAUUCUCCAUAUAUAACAGUAGAAGAAUCUGUUCGAUAUUCAGCUUGGUUGCGGUUGCCAAGCGAGAUUGAUUCAGCUACAAAAGGGAAAUUUGUUGAAGAAGUUCUUGAAACAAUUGAACUUGAUGAUAUAAAGGAUAAUUUAGUUGGUAUCGCUGGUCAAAGUGGCUUAUCUACUGAGCAACGUAAAAGACUAACAAUAGCAGUAGAGCUUGUAUCCAAUCCUUCAAUAAUUUUUAUGGAUGAACCUACAUCAGGUUUGGAUGCCCGAGCUGCUGCUGUAGUUAUGCGUGCAGUGAAGAAUGUUGUUGCCACCGGUAGGACCACAGUUUGCACCAUACAUCAGCCAAGCAUCGAUAUAUUUGAGACUUUUGAUGAGUUGAUUCUAAUGAAAUCUGGAGGCAAGAUCAUAUAUAAUGGAAUGCUAGGCCAUCAUUCAAAUAGACUGAUCGAAUAUUUUCAGAGUAUACCGGGAGUUCCAAAGAUCAAGGACAAUUAUAAUCCUGCAACCUGGAUGUUGGAAGCUACUUCUGCAUCUGUAGAAGAUGAACUUAAAAUAGAUUUUGCAAAUAUAUAUAAAGAGUCGCACCUUCACCGGGAUACCCUUGAAUUGGUGAGACAGAUAAGUGAACCAGAACCAGGUUCUAAAGACUUGCAUUUUUCAACUCGCUUCCCACAAAAUAACUUGGGGCAGUUUAUGGCAUGCCUAUGGAAGCAACACUUGUCCUAUUGGAGAAGUCCCGAGUACAAUUUAAUACGAUUUGUGUUCAUGAUUGUUGCAGCAAUAAUAUUUGGGGCGGUAUUUUGGCAGAAAGGGAAGGAAAUAAACACUCAGCAGGAUUUGUUCAAUGUGUUUGGAUCAAUGUAUAUUGCUGUAAUAUUCUUGGGAAUAAAUUACUGUUCAACAAUUUUACCGUACGUGGCAACUGAGCGCUCCGUCCUAUAUCGAGAAAAAUUUGCAGGAAUGUAUUCUUCCAUGGCUUAUUCAUUUGCACAGGUGGCUAUUGAAAUACCAUAUAUCUUAGUGCAAGCAAUUUUAUAUGUGGCUAUCACAUAUCCAAUGAUAGGUUUCCAUUGGUCAGUUCAGAAGCUCUUUUGGUACUUCUAUACCACAUUCUGCACAUUUCUAUACUUUGUGUAUCUUGGAAUGCUGGUAAUGUCAUUAAGCUUAAAUCUGGAUUUAGCUUCAGUACUGUCAACUGCAGUCUACACCAUAUUCAAUCUCUUUUCUGGAUUCCUCAUGCCAGGACCUAAAAUUCCUAAAUGGUGGGUUUGGUGCUACUGGAUUUGCCCUACAGCUUGGUCCUUGAAUGGCCUAUUAACUUCACAGUAUGGAGACAUGGACAAGGAAAUACUCAUAUUUGGAGACAAAAAAUCAGUUGGUUCCUUUCUAAAGGAUUACUAUGGGUUCAGGCAUGACAGAUUAAGUGUUGUGGCUGUGGUGCUCAUUGCUUACCCAAUUAUCUAUGCAUCCCUCUUUGCAUAUUGUAUAGGGAAAAUAAACUACCAAAAGAGAUAGAAACAAGAUAUUACAGAUUGCUUCUUCUGCAGUUUGGUUGCUACAAUUUUCAUGUAUAGAAAUAUAGGAAUACAAGGCUACAUCAUUGAGAAAACCUCUCUUGCAAUUGUUUAUACAUAAUAUACAUUUUUUUUUUGUUUUUUUGUUUUUGUAGUAAAUGAUGUAGAUUGGGUUAUUCUAUCAUGUAUUUUUGGGUUUUGAUUUGAAAUUGUUCAUUGUUUUAAUUGUUAUUUUGGAAUUUGAUUUAUAAAUGAAUCAUUUUAUUGUA